AUGUCUACUAGAGUGCAAGAAACUGCCCCGAGUACUACGAAGGCGAAAAAGGAUCCGUCGUCGAGGCCUUAUAAAUGCCCCAUGUGCGAAAGGGCCUUUCAUAGGUUAGAACACCAGACAAGACAUAUUAGAACCCACACGGGCGAGAAACCACAUAGUUGUACUUACCCUGGGUGCUUCAAGAAGUUUAGCAGGUCUGAUGAGUUGACCCGUCACUUGAGGAUUCAUACAAAUCCCAAUUCGAGGAGAAAUAAAAAUUUGAGCAAAAUGAACGGCAACUACAAUAAAACACCAACAAUAGUAAGCAACGGAAGUAAUAGUGAUUUACAAUCUGCUGAUAAUAAUAAAAUGACUUCUGGUACUGCUGUUUCUGUAUCACAACCUCCGCCACCUCCUCCACUUUCGCUACCUGUUGUAAACGGUGCAUUACCACAUGUAAUCCUGACAGCUAUGAAUCUCCAGAAUAAGUCAGAGCCACCAGGUCAGCUGAUGGAGGAUGUUAAAACUCACUCUUCUCCAGAAGAUGAGGAUAAAAAAGUUGAAGAUAAUAGGCCUACUUUGAAAAGAAUGCAAAGCACCAAGAAUAUAGACAUUUUAGCUACUGCUGCUUCUGAGGAAUUAAGGCAGCUAGAGACUGUAAACUCAAAGUCGUUACCUUCAUUAAUUGAAUACUUCAAUGGGAAGCCACCUCCAUCAAGCUUGCCACCAACGGUUUCGAAGUCAUCAUCUCAAAGUUUACAAUACUUAUCAAAUUUGAAUAAUCUCAAUAAUAAUAAUCAUUCUGGGAAUCUUAAUGGUGGUCAGUCAAAAAGUUACACUUCAUUAUCAAACUCACAUAAGCAUUUAAAUACGUUGUCAGCACUACAGAGGAUGACUCCAAUAGUCCCAGAGGCUAGAAAUAAUUCUCAAAUCAAUGAAGAGUCAGACCUUGAUUACAUCAAACAAAGGUUGAAAAGGUCAAGACCUAAUUCUCCUGUAUUGUCUAAGACGUUUACGUUACCUAAUUCGCCUGUCCUUGGGUUGUCAGCAUCAAAUACUCCUAUAAUGUCUGCCAACAACAGUUAUACUAAUUUAUCAAAUCUAUUCAUGAUUCCUACCAUGAGAUCGACUAGCAAUGAAGCUCAAAAUCAAAAUUUUCAAUCAAGUAAGAUAACAACACCUCCACCUUCAUCGUCAAACUUACAAACUCCCAAGUUAUCUCCAUCGUCAAGUAACGCAGAUUCAGGCACUAAUUUACCUCCUUUGAGAAGCUUGAAGUUAGACUUGCCUACUAAUUUGUCGAUGCCUACUUUAUCAAAAGAGUUUCAAAGUGACUCGAUUUCUGCAAAUGGUAGACAUUUAAGUAAAAGAGCUUAUAGCACGAGCUCAGGAAAAAGUGGUCAAUUCAGGGACCUUUUGGAGGAGUGA